AUGUCAGAAAUAACCUACGCCCCAACCAACUCUUCAUACACUUCAAUCUUAGAGUUUUCCAUAGUUAACUUGCGAUACGCAAAGCCUGAAACUCCUAAACCUCUUGUGAUCGUAACACCAAAGCAAGAAUCUCAGAUCCAAACCGUCAUAUCUUGUUGCAAGAAGCAUGACAUUCAAAUGAGGAUUCGCGGUGCAGGCAAUGACUUCGAGGGCCUCUCGUUUGUGUCACAAGUUCCUUUCGUCUUGCUUGAUAUGCUCAAUCUUCGGCACAUUGAGGUUGAUCCUGUAGCUGCUACGGCUACAAUUCAAUCCGGGGCAACAGGUGGUGAGGUCUAUUAUGCCGUUGCACAAAAAAGCAAGACACUUGGUUUUUUAGGCCCGUCGUUUGCUCCUGUUGGUGUGACCGGAUUCAUUGGUCAUGGAGGGUAUGGCACAUUACGACGAAAGUAUGGCCUUGCAGCUGAUAAUGUCAUUGAUGCCCGCAUUAUGAAUGAUAAUGGUGAUAUUCUCGACAGAGAAUCAAUGGGCGAAGAUCUGUUUUGGGCUAUUAGAGGAGGAGGCCCUUCAAGUUUCGGAGUCAUUCUUUCUUGGAAGAUCAAACUAGUUCCGGUUCCAGAGACCGUGACAAUGUUUAAAGUCAGGACUAUAGAUCAGAACGCAACUGAAAUUGUUCAUAAGUGGCAAACGAUUGCCCCGAAUCUUCCAAGAGACGUGGAAAUGAGGAUCAAUGCAUAUCCAUCCACGGACUCUUUGACUGACGAGACGACAGUAGUUAUAGAGUUUGUAGGAACGUACCUCGGGACAAUAGAUAAACUAGUUCCCAUGAUGCAAGAAAGAUUUCCCGAGUUAAAUUUGGGUAAACAAGAUUGUUCUGAAGUUGGUUACACUCAGUCUGCUCUGGAUUUUCCCCUGGAUUUACCUAACCGGCCUCUUGAGGUUCUGUUGGAAAGAUCUACAUUCAAACUCCCCAAGAAAGUAAAAUCCGUGCAUGUGACAAGACCAAUUUCCAAACAAGGCUUACAAGGAAUGUGGGAUUUUCUUCGUAAAUACGAGACUGGGACGUACAUUGUCUUGACAUCAUUUGGGGGUAGAAUGGAUGAAAUCUCGGAAUCAGCCAUUCCAUACCCUCACAGGCCAGGGGUGUUGUACAUGAUAUUUUGGCGAGUACGUACAUCAGAAGAUCCCGCAGCAGCUUUUAGUUGGAUCAGAGACUUCUACAGCUACAUGGCUCCCUAUGUAGUCUCUCCCAGAACUGCCUACGCGGCUUGUACUGAUCUUGACUUGGGAGUAAACAAUCAAAAUGGUGUCACUACUUAUGCUCAAGCAAGCAAAUGGGGUAAAAUGUACUUCAAGAAUAAUUUUGAUAGAUUGGUUCACAUCAAAACCAAAGUUGAUCCAGCUAACUUCUUUAGGCAUGAGCAAAGUAUCCCUCCACUUUGA